AUGGCAGCCAGCCCAGAUGUCACGUCCAUUACCCCACAGGGCCUUGGGCUUGUCCUCCUCAUCGUUACUCUCUUCCUGACGCCUCCGUCCACUAUAGUUGUCGCCCUGAGAUGUGGAAUUCGACUCAAGCAUGGCGUCUUCAGUACGGAUGAUGUCCUCAUGCUGGUCGGGUGGAUGCUAUUCAUGGUCGUUGUCGGUGUUAUAUCUAAAGGAUGCUAUUACGGGCUCGGUGCGAAAGAUGAACGACUGAAUGAAUGCCUCGUGGAAAAGAGUAAAUUGCACAUUUGGCUUUUCCAAAAAUUCUACUGCUCUUCUUUGGUGUUUAUCAAAGCAUCCAUCUGCGUUACGCUCCUUCGAAUCGCAGUUAUCAAAACCCACCGUAUUAUUACAUGGGUUACGCUUACAGCCUCAUGCAUUCCUACCCUCAUUGUCAUUAUUGGGCUUUUUGCCAUGUGCCGUCCUGUCCAGGCAAACUGGGAUAAGUCCGCAGGAACAUGUUCUCCUCCGAUUGUUAUCACAAGUCCCAGCUAUCUCGUGUCUGCUGCGGCUGUGGCUACAGACUGGAUAUGCGCAAUUUUACCUGGCUUUAUGCUCUAUAAAGCUCAGAUGAAAAUGGCGACCAAGGUUUCUUUCAGUAUCAUCCUCGGAUUAGGUGUCCUGGCAUCCAUUGCUACCAUCGUGAGGCUUCCUUAUAUAAAGUUCUAUGCUGACCCUAUAGACUAUCCAUACAAUGUUGUGAAUAUUGCGCUAUGGUCUGUCUUUGAGUCGGGAACGGGCAUCAUCGCAGGCUCGCUGCCCUCUUUACGGCGACUUUUGAGGAACUGGGUCAACUUCGACUCAUCACAUGGACACUCAUCGUCCAAUGUCACACCUUUUACAGGGGCAGGAAAGUCAACUGUGACGAGCAAGGUUGGCGUAUCCACAGGACGGCGGCACAAGAGCAUUAUCCCCAAUGUGAAAUCAGAUAGAGACUGGGAACAGUUGGAUGAUGCCUCGUCAAGUCGGAAGAUCUAUGUUACAGUCGACAUGGAGAUGCAGUCUCUGGAACGGCCGACAAACGUCUUCCAGGUCAAGGACGCCCCUUUCUGA